UCACAGUUGGCUAGUCACUGUUUCUGCCUGACCGGGUUUCAAGUUGGACAUCGCUAAACAAUUUGAGACAAAUACCGAAUACGAAUCCAACUCGCAAUUCAUCCUAAGCGCCAGCUUUGACACCAUUUCUGUCUUUGCGUACGGAAAUGUUUUCUAUGCUCUUCUGACACACACCCUACUGAACUAAAGGACCACUACCUACUAUGUACAGUAUACUACAUACUCUUUAGAGAAGAGAAAGAGAGAGAAAGAGCUGUGAGGCAAGAGGCAUAGAGCGAUUUCUCAAAAUUGACUCAGCAACCUUCUUGUGCGCCUCCUAGCCAGAUUGCUGUAGUCUUUUGUGUAUUACCUGCCAACAAAACACGGCAGAGGAGCCCAUCGGAGGAUGAGCCGUGGAUUGUGAUCGUGUGCGGAUAAUCUGGACUCCAAGAUGCGGAUCCGGCGAACCAAUGCUCUGUUGGGAGCUCUCUUGGUCAUUGGGCUCACUUUCAUGAUGUACUUGGUGAUGGAUACCAUCAACCUUCAAUUGGAUGAUGUGGAACUGCAGAAGCUGGAAUUGGGUUCUUUGGAGGGCAAGUUGAAGAGCUUAGAGAAUGAUCUGCUCUUCAACCAGAAGACCAUCCAUCAAAUCAAGGAGACUGUCAAAGAGAUCCGGCAAGAGCAAUCUCAGAUUCGAGAGCAAGCCAAGACCAUUCGUUCCAAAGGCCAGUCCGCAGUGAAUAAGACGUUUGCAUCCAUAUUCAAGGCCGACUACGAGUUCGCCCAAAACCAGCCCAAUACGUGCGAUAUUCGCAUGGCUGAUGUCUACCAGGAAUUGACCUUUGACAAUCCAGAUGGCGGGGUUUGGAAACAGGGUUGGGACAUCCAGUAUGAUCCUAUUGGGGCUCGAGAUCCGGCACAAAAGCUGCAGGUGAUCAUUAUGCCACACUCUCAUAAUGAUCCCGGAUGGAUCAAGACCUUUGAAAAGUAUUACUUGGACCAGACCAAGCAUAUCUUUGAUAACAUGGUGCCCAAGUUAUUGGCCAAUCCGAAACGGAAGUUCAUCUGGGCCGAGAUCUCGUAUUUGUCCAUGUGGUGGCCCAGUCAGACAUCGGAAACGCGGAAUAACUUCAAAAAGCUACUUAACAACGGGCAACUCGAAAUCGUCACGGGUGGGUGGGUCAUGAAUGAUGAGGCCAACACCCACUACACCGCCAUCAUUGAACAACUCAUCACCGGUCACGAGUGGCUUAAACUGAACUUGGAUGGAUACAAACCCAACAAUGGAUGGGCUAUUGACCCCUUUGGAUAUACACCGACCAUGGCCUACUUGUUGAAGAGGAUUGGCUUCGACGGCAUGCUCAUCCAAAGGACUCAUUAUUCCGUGAAAAAGCACUUUGCUCACAGUCAAGAUUUGGAGUUCAUGUGGAGACAACAUUGGGAUCACGAAGACACCACCGAUAUGAUGACCCACAUGAUGCCGUUCUACAGUUACGAUAUUCCCCAUACUUGCGGCCCGGACCCCAAGAUUUGCUGUCAAUUCGACUUUGACCGACUCCCCGGAGGAAUUGCGGGCUGUCCAUGGAGAAUCCCACCCAAACCAAUCACCGACGCCAACGUGGCAGAGAGAUCGCGAACAUUGUUGGACCAAUAUCGGAAGAAGGCCUCGCUUUACAAGAGCAACGUGGUUCUCAUUCCUUUGGGCGACGAUUUCCGAUAUGACACGGCUCGAGAAUGGGAUCGGCAAUUCGAAAACUACGAAAAGAUCAUUGACUACAUCAAUCAAACGCCCGAGCUUAAUGCUGAGGUACAAUUCGGCACCCUGGAAGAUUAUUUUAGUGCCUUGAGAGACGCCUCCAAGGCCAAAACCGGCACUGAAACGGGCUUGCUCAAAUCUCUCUCGGGUGAUUUCUUUACCUACGCCGACCGAGAUGAUCAUUAUUGGUCGGGAUAUUUCACGUCCAGACCUUUUUACAAGAACUUGGACCGAGUCUUGGCUGGAUGGUUGAGGUCUGCGGAAAUCCUGUAUUCCAUCAUGUGGGCAGAGAUGGAGUACGUGGGUUCGGAUGUGAUGGCCGUGGCUGAGCCGUUAAUGGAGAAUCUCAUGAUUGGCCGUCAAAGUUUGGCCUUGUUUCAACAUCACGAUGGAAUCACGGGCACGGCCAAAAACCACGUGGUCGACGAUUAUGGCGCAAGGAUGUUGCAAAGCAUUCAAGGAUUGCAAGAGGUCAUUGCUGGGGCCGCUCACUAUCUCCUGACUCCCUCAAAAUCGUUCUACAAGGCUCCCGACAAAGAUUCGAUCUUCUUUGAUCUGGACGAGAAUAGAGCCAGCCAUUCUUCGGAAGCAACUCCGAGCAUCCUGCAAAUUGGAAGCCAGCAGGAAAAGUCCAAAGUGGUGAUUUUCAACUCACACGCCCGGCGAAGGAGCGAAAUUGUGUCCAUCAGAGUAUCUUUACCCAAUAUAAGAGUCUAUAAAGUGACCAACAUUGAGGGUGAGGACGAGGAAGAACCGAUUCCUUGUCAACUCUCGCCGGUAUUUGACGAUCAAGGUCAAAUCUUGAACUCUGAAUACCAACUGACCUUCUUGGCCCAAGUCAAAGGUCUCGGUCUUCAUAGCUACUAUAUUCAGCAGCUUCGACAAGAGGAUGGGAGAAACACCGACAUGGAUGUGGCCACCAUUCGUAUCCAUAACUCGGCCAAACACCCAUUCCAAGUGGCUCCGUUUUCGGAGGUAUCCGUCCUUCAACAAGGAGAGCCUUUUGACCUUCAGAACGGCUACGUCCAGGCCCACUUUGAUGCUAAUGGCAUCUUGCAAGCUUGGACCAAUUUAGACGAGAAGCAAAAGUCCGAGAUGAAGCUGGACUUUAUCAUUUACGGCACGAGAAAAAGUGGGGACAAGUCCGGAGCCUAUCUCUUCUUACCCGACGGACCAUCCAAGGUCAUGAAAGUGGAAAGUCCGGUGGUUAGGGUGAUCCAAGGGAAGAUUCUGUCCUACGUGGAGGUGUUCUUGCCCUUUUGUCGUCAUAUCGUGGCCUUGAAGUCGUCGCCAGGCGAGGAUGGAACGGGUCUCCAGAUUGAGAACCAUGUGGAUAUUGCUCGGUACAACAACUUCGAGAUUGCCAUGCGUCUCUCGUCGGAUAUCAAAUCCGGCCAAGAGUUCUUGACCGAUUUGAAUGGGUUCCAAAUGAUGCGUCGUCAACGAAUGGACAAGAUCCCUCUUCAAGCGAAUUUCUAUCCAGUCGCUUCCAUGGCCUACAUUGAGGAUGAAACAAGCCGAAUGACCCUGAUUUCAGCCCAACCUUUGGGCGGUUCUUCAAUGGCCCCUGGUCAGAUCGAGAUCAUGUUGGACCGUCGUCUCAUGCAGGACGACAACCGAGGACUCUUCCAAGGCGUGACGGACAAUCACGUCACGCCCCACGUGUUCUAUCUUCUUUUAGAGAGGAAGCUUGGGAAUUGCCAGGAUGAGGCUAAAGAUCCUCAGGCUUCUUACCCGUCGCUUUUAGCCUCGCAGAUGCGGCAUACGUUACUGAAUCCCAUGAAACGCCUUUUGUGGGUCGGAAAGAACCAUGCGAUUGACGGCUUCUCCAAAUCAUACGAACCUCUAGAAAAAGACAUUCCCUGCGAUAUUCAUGUUGUGAAUCUGCGGACUAUGCAGAAGACGGCCAUCAAAACGGAACCGGGCGACGAAAGUGCCCUCAUAGUUCAUCGGCAAGGAUUCAAUGGGUGUUAUAAACCAGUGGGGAUGACUUGUUCAACAAACGGUGGAAAGAUCAGUUUGGAAGAACUGUUCCCAGAGUUGUACAGCUCGUCGGUGAAUCAAAUGUCCUUGUCACUUUUGUACGAUGGGUUGAAGGUGGAGAAGGGUUUCACGGUUUCCAUCAAGCCCAUGGAAAUAUAUUCCUUCCUCUUAAAGCGAUGAAAAAGUACUUUGCCAGAGAAUUAGCCCCAAAAGCACAAGGAACCAGCGUGAACGAUGGAUAAUUGUUAAUACAUGUUAAUUUUGUUAUACAAUACAGCUGUGAUAUUUUUCCCCACGA